CUAGGGGCUGUGGCGCUCGUCAGCGUCCAACCGUGCUGCCAAGUUGCGUAGAAUGAAGUCGCUGAAGUGAGGAAAGCUCUCCUUGUGUUAAACUGCAGCCUAUUGCAGCGGGAUCUGCAAUUGCGCGACGGGGGGCGAUACCUUUUCGCAACGACCUGCAUUUCCGCUCGCCUUGCACCACACAUCUGGCGCGCCCGACGACACACCAGCGAAAUCGGAUGGGUGCCCAAAGCUGCUGCGCGUUUGCAGACUGUCGCAUCGAGGUCUGAGCGCGCGCCAUCGACAGCGAGCUGGCCAUGCGACGAGCGUCUGCAAGCGCGCCAUAUGGCGCUGGGAUGGAUAGCGCGCAUGCGUCCUCGGGUGAUAGAUCCCUCAAUGCGCCGAGUUACGACGCUCCUCGAUGCGUCGAACAGUCGGGGCUGCACGGCACGUCGUCCUUUGCGUGCGGGCCUGGCCCCGGUCCCGGCCCGCCCAGCGCGCGAUGUACGGGGCUCUGCACAGCCGAGCAGCCCGCCUCUUCGUCACCUUCAACCACGGUUGCUGCCAGCUGUGCUGUUGCGGUACCGAUGACGCUUGGAUCUUCGCCGGGGCCUGGCGCUGGCUCCGACUCGGCAGCCGCGGCUGCCUCUGCCAGCGCUGCUGCUGCCGGGACCGUUGCAGCAGCGGCCGCCAAUGCCGUGCACGCACAGAUGCCUCAGCAUACAGCUCUGGUAUCGAAGCCGGCGGAAGAUCCGGGAUCGGGGCUCGCAGCUGCCGGCGAUUGCAGUGCCGGCCCACUGCGCCUGAUCCCGGACCUGGCAUCAGCCUGCCACGGCGCAACGCCCGCUGUGGUCGCUGGCGCGGCAGACAGCGACGCUGGGGUCAGCGGGGGCGCGGCAGCGAAGCUUCCGCCACUGGACGCGAUGCUGUCCAACGCGCACUUCACCUCCCUGGCCGCGGCGCUGCAGCAACUAGCGGAGGCGCACACGCAGGCGCAGCAGGCGGCGCGGCAGCAGGGCUCGGGCGGGGGGAUGUCGCCACCACAGGCGCAGCGGCCGCGGGCGGCUGGCGGCUCGCCAAUGGACGUGUCGCCGGCUGCCGCCAUGUCGCCAGCCCCUGUGCCGACCGAUGCUGAGGUGCAGGCGCACUCGCACGUUCUAGGGCUGCUGCCACCACCGGCGCCGCUGCGGCUGGGCUCGGGUGCAGCAGCGGCGGCAGCGGAGGUGGCGGCAGCGGAGGCGGCCGACCGCAUGGGGUGUGGCUACCGGGGCUUUGGAAGCAACCUUGGUGACUGCCUGCACGCGGCAGGCAGCGGUGGCGUCAGCGUCAGCAUCGGUAGCAACGUGGGCGCAUCGUGCUCGGCAGCACAUCGGGGGGCGGGGGCGGAAGAUGCGGCGGGCGGGCGGCGGAGCACGGAGAGCACGGCGCGAGCGGCGUCCACCACGCCCGCAAUCCCGGCAGCAGCUGCAGCAGCUGCGGAACCGGCGCCACCCGCGACCGUGGCUGCAGCGGCUACGGGACUAGGGCUAGUGAGGGACGGCAGCAGCGCGACGCCAGCGGCCGGGCUUGGGAGUGUGAGCAGGGCGACGGCGGGCGGGACCCUGGGCAGCUCGCCGCCGGCAGCUGGGGGUGCGGCCGGGCUUUUUGCCAUGGCAGCGCCGUCGACAGGCUCGGCGGCGGCGGCGGCGCCGCUGCCGUUGGGGAGCAGCUUUGCAGUGCUGUCGCUGACGCUGCCGCAGGCGUUGGCUGCGGCGUCGCUGCCGCGGCCUGGCGCUGCCGCUGGCCUGAUUGGGGCGGCGUCUGCGUCAGGCAGCACCGCCGCGACGGCUUUUGCAGCGGCGCCGGGGGCAGCAGGAGCGGAGGCUGGGCCGGGAGUGUGCGCAAGCCGGCAGCCGCAGCCGCAGCUGAUUCGACCUGUGCCGGUCCGGGCCAGCGGCAGUGCACUUGCCGCGACCUUGGCAGGGGGGACUUGUGCUGCACGUGCUGUCGCAAGCGUUGUGGGAGAGGGAGCAUCAGGCGAUGGCGCCAGCGGUGCUACAGCCGCUGUCGCAGGUGCGCAGGGAUCAGCAGCGGUAGACACUUCAACGCUUAGCCUGCCAUCGGCGCAGCAGCAGGAGGCAUCGGAGGGUGCGGGUGGCGGCGGGAUCGGCGGUGGAGCUGCGGGCGACGCGUCGGCCGCGUGUGAACACCACGACCGCCAGCACCACCAUCACUCCCACCACCUGCACCCCGAUCAGCGGCAGGGCGGCGCGUUGCAUGACACGGCGGCAGAGCCGUGCCGCUGCGAUGAUGAGGACGAGGGCGGGCGGCCCGGCGGCAGCGGGCUUGGGCGGAGCGACGGGACGGAGCCGACGGCGGUGUCGAUGGCGGCGGCAGCGGCAGGAGGGCUGCGGGUUGCAGGUGCUGAGCCCUCGGGCGCAGCGUCGCAUGCGGCCGGCGGCGCCACAACCACCGCUGGCGGCGGCGUGCUUGCGUUGUCCUCGACGAGUCGUGACACAGCGCAGCAGCCGGAAGCAGCACACCAUGUAGAGGCUGCUGCGGCGGCGGCGGCCGGGAGUUGUGCGAAGCUGGGCCGGGUGGUAGGCGCCGCCUUGGCUGCGCCGGCGCAGCCUGACGGCAGUGACUGCAGCACACAUGGCACCAACCCAAGCAGCGGCGUGGCUAGCGGGGUCUGCAGCGCGGCAGCGGCGGCAGGGCACGCCGCCGCCGCGGCACCGCGCCUGCACUCGCAGCCUACGGCUGGGCCGGCUGGUACCACGGCUGCGGCUGGUGGCAUGCCGGCGCUGCCGCCACUGCCCCUGGGCUUCAUGGGCAACCUGUAUUUCCACGCACUGCAUCACAUGCAGCAACAGCAGCAGCAACAGGGGCCAGGGAUGCCUGGGGCUGGCGGCAGCGCGGCAGGCAGUGGUGCGGGCGUUGGCAGCGGCGGUCCCGGCACAGGGGCUGCUUCUGCUGCGGGGGCACUGGCGGGUCAGCCGCCGUCCGCACCGCUGGCAGCAGGGGCGCCCGGGUGCUCUGCCUCUCCGGGGACGGGGUACUUGGCGUGGCUGCCGUUCCCGUUCGGGCCCGCGGCAGACCCCUGCCGCUGCCCACCGCUGCCAGAUGGCAACAGUGCGCCGCCGCCGUGCACACUGCUGGCGCCAGUGCCGACGCCGCAGCAGCAAGACCUCUCGCAGCCGCCGCCGGUGGCGCAGCAGCGAGUGCCGGCAGCGGAGGGCGAGCGAGGGCCCGCGCCCACUGCUGCGGAGGCCGCUGCGGGAAAGACAGCUGUUCCGGCUACAGCUGCCAGUGCCAUCGUGCCUAAGGCUGAGGAAGAGACUGCUGCUGCCGCGGCUGCUAGCAGCAAGAGGCCGGAGGAUGCUGCUGCGGCUGGGGCUGCUGCUGCUGUUGCGGAGGAGGACAAGGAGGCGGCUGACAUCGCUGCCCUGACGUCCGCCGCCGCUCCUGCAGCGCCUCCGCCGACCAGCAGCCCUGAAGGUGCGGCUACGUCCGCGGCUGCAGCAGGCGCGGCAGCCGCGGCAACAGCGCCUGGAGCAUUGCAGAUUGUGUCGCUACAGCCUCAGCCGCCACUCACUUCGUUGGGCUCUGGGCCGGGGCCACCUGUCGCAGCUGCUACUGCCGCGGACAAGCUGCAGUCGUCUGGAUCGGCUGUAGCAGCUGCCGCGGCGGUGACGGACCUGGGCCCUGCAGCUGCUACAGCAGCACCCUUGCCGGGCCUGCCGCCGGUGCAGGAGGCUCCUGGCGGGAGUGUGGUUGCUACAGCCGUGGGCGCGGCGGCGUCCACAGGGCUGCAGCCUCCGACGGAAGCUGCGACAGCGCCUGCAAUCUGGCGGCAAGGCUCAGCUGCUGCCGCCGCCGCUAUCCAUGGCGCGGCUGCCGACGUCGGUGCUGUGCCGGCUGGCAUCAAGGUGGAGCCCACGCCAGGCAAUGUGUCAACCACGGCAAUGACAGAGGCCAAGGCCGAGGCCGCGGCGGCUGACGCCAAAGCUAUGGCCUGUGCCGAGUCCACCUGCGCCAAGGCAGCUCGGGACACGGACAAGCUGCUCUACAAGCUGCGCGGCGGCCCCGGCGGCGGCGGCGACAUGAGUGAAGGCGAGCGCCGGCAGCUGGACGUCACGCCGCUGCAGGAGCUGCUUCAGCGCCUGCACCCCAAUCAAGACGUCGCCGACCUGGAGGCAGCCACGGCGCUGUUCGAGAUGUCCCGGCCUUGCGGCGGCGCCGCUGCACCGCCUGCUGGCGGCGCCGCCGCCGGCAGCCACCAUCCGCCGCCACGCCCCGGCGGCUGGGUAAGUUCCGGUGUCGCCGGCGCUGCGCCCGUGACUGGUGUUGGGUGCGGAGGAGCCGGCGGCGCCGGCCAUGGCGUCGGAGCAGCCGUUGGUGUGGACCAGAGCGGCAGUGGAGACUCGAGCUACGCCAACUUUGCGGCCGGCUGCAACGCCGCGGCUGCCAGUGGCAAGGUGCCUGCGUCGGGCUUCGGGGUUGCUGUUGAUGCGGUUACGGCGGCGGCGGCGGCGGCCCGAGCUAGUGGCAGCAUGCCCCCGCCUGCAGCUCCUGUCGGUGCUGCUGCUAUUGCUGCUGGUAAGCCCGGGACUGCACCAGGAAAGGAGCUCCCGCUCGGGCCGUCCGACGCUGUUGCUACAGCCGCCGCACCGGGCAGGACAGCCAAGGCUGCCGCAGCCCACGCCGGCGCCUCCGCGCGGCGGCGGAGCAGCCAUGACGCCGCUGCUGCCGCCGCUGCCGAGGAGGCCGCGGCAGCUGCCGCACAGAGUGCAGCCAAUGCCAAGGCGGCGGCGGCGGCCGCGGCGGCUCGUAAGAUCGGGUGCCUUGUGGGCGAGUCCUGUGAGCACGGCGGAGCAGCUCGAGACGGUGACGAGGGCGCUGGUGGCGGCGGUCUUGACCCAGACAUGGAUGGAGCUUCCGACGGUGACGGCAGCACCUGCAACCCCGGCGGGAGCCCUGACGGCGGCGUCCAAGGCCCCAUGUCCGACACCGCAGCCGCUGCGGCUGCGGCCGCCGCCUUCCACCAAGCCGCCGCAGCUGCCGCCGCCGCCGUCGCGGCCGCCGCCGCCGCCGCCGCAAUGGCUGGAUACAAUCCGCAGACUGCGGCGGCGGCCGCCGGCUUUCCGUUCCCGCCGUUCAACCCAUUCAUGCUUGGUGGCAUGCCGCCGCACGCCGCCGCGCACCUACACGCGCAGUCGCAUCCACAGCACAUGCCGCCGCUCGGCCUUCCGCCCAUGCUGGCGCUGCAGAUGCAGAUGGCAGCAGCUGCAGCAGCCUCACUCGCGCCUGGCGGGCAGCACCCGCAACAACAGCAGCAGCAUCUGCAGCAGCAACAGCAACAGGGCCUACCUGCGUCCGCGCAGCUGCAGGGCUCACACCGCCAGUCGGAUCCCCUGGGUUGUAGCACUGCUCAGUCCGGGUACGUGCCGCUGCCUCUACCCGGCGGCAGCAGCCCCCCGUUCGGCGCCUUCGCUGGUGCGGCAGCCGGUGGCGGCAACCUACCCGAUGCGGCGGCGACGGCAGCCGCCGCCGCUGGGGUGUGGGGCGUGCCUGGCGGCAUGCAGGAGGCUUAUGCGCACAUGGCGGCGGCCGCCUCCUCCAUGCCGCACAUGAGCCACUUCGCGGGCCACAUGGCCAACAGCCAUAUGCAGCCUGGGCCGCACAUGCUGUCGCCCUAUGCCGCCUUUGCAGCCUCUCAGCAGCAGCACCAGCAGCACCAGCAGCAACAAGCACAGCAGCAGUUGCAGUGGAUGAUGGGCGCUGGGGUGGGUGGGGGCUUCCCGGGGACGGCUGUCGCAAUGCACGGCGCAGCUGACGGCGGCGGCGCCGGCUUUGGCACCGGCGGCGCGCCGGGGCAGCGGCAAGGCAGCGGUGACAUGUACACGAGUGGAGGUGCCGUGCAAGGCGAACCCCCCGCCCGCCCUACGCCGCUGCAGCUGCAGCUGCAACCUCAGCACCUACCGCGCCACGCGCGCGGUGGUGGUGGUGGUGGUGGUGGCGGUGGCGGCGGAGGUGGCAAGCAGAUCCGGCAACAGCACCAGCAGCACCAGCAAGAGAGUGAAAUGUAUGCAUCGAAACAGGCCGCCGACGCCGCCGCGCGCGACAGCGUUCAGCAGCCGCACCACUUGCAGCAAGAGCCGCACCAGUACUCGCGCUCGCCUCCCACCCAGCAGCACCCGCAGCAGCACCUGCAGCCGCCUAGGCGCGUCUCCGACCACCGCCGCACCGCCGCAGAGCAGCGGCGGCGAGGCCUCGCAGAGGCGCACCUCCCCCAGCACCCGCACGAUGCAGCCGACUCGCCGCAACAACACCACUUCGCCGCCGCCCACGACCAAGGCCACGCCGCCACACGCCCCGCGCCGCCGUCCUCGCACCACCCCGCGCCGACGGCGCUGGCCGGCCUCUCCAGCUUGCACCACCACCAAGGCCAGGGCCAAGGGCACCACGCGGCUGCGCUGACAGGCGGCGGUGGGGCCACAGGGGCUCACAAGCUGCCGCCGCGCAAGCGCAAGGUCGCAUCUGUUGUGGGCAGCGGCAGCGGCACCAGCCGGGCAGGCAGCGAUGAGGAGGGAAACGCGGCGGCGGCGGCCGCUGCAGCGGCGGCCAAUGCCGUGGCAGCAACCACAGCCGUGGUCGUGGCGGCGGCACAGGCCGCGGUUGGCGCUGCGCGGGAGGGCGGCGCAGCAGCGGGGCCCGCGCACCCGCCUCAGCCGCAGUCACAGCCUCACCACGCGCACCAUCAGACGCGCCACCAGGCAAGGAAGGGCGUCCGGGUUGCGGCGGCGGCGGCACAACACGCGGCGGCGGCAGGAGCGGAGGAUGCUGGAGGCGCAGCGGCGGCGUGUGGUGGUAGCACGGCCGUAGCCGGCGAGGCGGUGCCUGCAGCCGCACCCGCCGCGGCUCCAGCUGCUCAGGAGCGUCCUCCAUUCCGAUACAUCGUGCGCAUCGGCAACAAGUGGCGCGCGCAGGUGGGACACACGGAGGACGGCGUGCAACGCAAGUACUACUCCAACUACGUCGACGAUCCCUGGGUGGCAGCAAAGGACGCCGACCGCAUCUUGUACAAGCUGCGAGGCGCUGGCGCUGUUGCCAACUUACCCCUGAGCGAGGGUGAGCGGGCGGCGCUGGACGGAAGCAGCCUGGAGGCGCUGAUGCGCUCUUUCAAGGCCGACCAGCGCCAACAGCAACAGCAGCAACAACAGCAACAACAGCAACAGCAGGUCAACAACGGAAACAGCGGGAACGGCAGCGGCACGGGUAGCGGACAGGCUGCAGCAGCGGCCGGAGCGACCUAGCGCCGGAGUGCAUGCCGACAGGCGCGGUGAGGGACACGAGCGCAACAGGAGGCGCUGCUGACGAGUGCGGUUGGGCAAAAGAUGGAUGGCCGGUCUGGUGGAUUAUGCAUGUUGACUACCAACAGCGACCGGGGGCGGCAGGCAGCGCUGUCGCACUAGAAUAAAGACGGGCACAUAGUGAGACCAAGGUAAGGCCUUGCUUGCUGAUAAGUAGAAGUGGAGCACACAGCUGCGGCAAAUCCACUUCCAAAGCCACUGCCAUCAUUACCUCACCGCAGGUAGCUUUGUAGAAAGGGAUUUGUUUGCUUGUUUAAGCAGCAACAGACGGCUGCUGGAGGAAUUCAGCCUGCGGAUUGGAUUGCUGGCCUGCUGGCUUGCUUGAUGGCACCGACAUGUGAUGCUUGGGGAAUGAUCCCCGAUGUUUCGAGAACGUUUUUGGUUUGUUGAAUGUGAGGGCCCGGGGACCAGAGAGCAGCCAGAGCCAACGGCUGUGAUACCGUUAGGGUUGUUGGCGUUGGAAGAUGUGUGCACAAGGCUGCCAAGACUAGAUUGCACGCGUCAGGGUGGUAGGGGUGCGUGUGAAGCGGCGAAGCCUCAGGCAUAAUGGGAGCGUGACUCAGCAGUAUGUGGGCUCAUCGCAGGCUUGCAUGAGGGGCUUAAAUUGCUCAUCGCAGGCUUGCAUGGGGGGGCUUCAAAAGCGUCAAGGCAGGGCGUGUUGCUCAGUUUGGUGGUGUGCGCUGUGUGAGCUCUUCCGAGCGGACGCAUAGGGCCGCACGGGUGUGUACGUUAAGUGCCAAUUGGCUGUUUGCUGGUGGGGGAGUGGCCUGGAGCGGUGAAGCUAUGAGGGGCGUGUGCAAAGGCGACCUCGAGAGAGCUGAGGGCGGCGCGAUGCACUAGGUGUGUCUUCUUUGGUGGAACGGCAUGCAAGCUGGUGUAGGUGGGUGUUCGCCACUGGCUUUAAUAGGGGCGUGUUGUGCGGCACAUAGGUUCGGCCUUCAAAGUCACACCCCGGCCAUGCACAUAGCAAGAGCAGGUGCAGGGCGAUUUGCGCGUGAACGCAUUUUUGACGUAAGACCAGCAGGGCAAGGGAUUGCGCAGUUUAUUUUUAGGCUGGCGGAACAGCUGCUUUGCGGUUUGAAACUGAACGGAGGAGAGGCGCGGAAAAAACCUUGGCGGGAGCUGGGGUUGGUGCCGCUCGCUCCCACAGGGUAGAGAGUGAGGAGGAUGGGAGCGCGCGUGACCUAGGGGAGUGGCGAGGUUGUAUGGGGGAAGGUCGAUGUGUGAGUGUUCGUUGCGUGGUUGUGGAGUGGUGGGCCAGUUGGAGUGUGUGCAAGGCCAGUGGCCAUAGCACAGCGAGGCUGGUUUCGAGGUCGGCAAGCUGUGGUGGUGGCAUCGACAUCAUUUCAUUUCAUGCGGUUCGAGUGUUUUUGUGUGCCAAUAUUUUUGGGGGCUUGAGCAUAUUGCAGGAGGCUCGCCUUGUGCUUGGUAGUGGUUGCAGCAUAUGAUAUAGCAACCAAGCGCAAAACAUGCGCAUGCCGCCGGCACAGCAGGAGCGCGGAGGCAGGAGUGAUGGAGAGCGAGGGAGUGGCACGGAAUGUGCAGUACCAUAUGCGACGUUCACGACUCAGCGACGUGUGUAAUCAUAGUCACAG